UAUGUUCAAGAAACUAGAGGAUCUUUCUAAACCAACAUUGCUUUCCAAAACUGGAGUUAAGGAAUUAAAACAAUCAUUCAAUGAUUAGUAUCCUUUUUUCAAAGAAAUAGAGGAUGAAGUUUUUCCUAAAAAAGCCAAUAUCUAAUCAUUUAAAUUAAGAAGUGAAUACAAAGUCGAAAUUGUCUAAGUUGAUAAAGAUUAUAUUUGUUUUACAAAAGAGGAUUUGGUCAUUCCUCAUUUGAAAUUAGUCCACAAAUUCCCUGAUCUAUUAAUCAAAUAAUAAGUUGAUUUAGGAGCAAUCAAACAUAUUUUAAGUGGUUCUGAUGUAUUAGCUCCAGGAUUAAUUUCUUAAGGAAGUUAACUUAAUACUGUAAGUUACUUGAUUUAUUUUUAAGGCAUAAAAAGGAUAGGUUGUUGCUAUAUAUGGAGAAGGCAAAGAAAAUGCUAUGGGAAUAGGAAUAAUGAAUGCAAAUUCUGAUGAAAUUAAAAAAGACCCAAAAGGUCAUGCAAUUUAAUUAUUACAUCAUCUUGGUGAUGCCUUGUGGUAAUUAAGUUUCAAAUGAGUU